AUGAUCGCGAAGCCGGCGCCGCGCGGCCCGCGCGCGCCGAGCACGGGGCUGAAUGUUUCGAGGAGGGCGGCUCGGGGGCAGAGCCACGUCUGCAACUCGAAGUACGUGAAGGACUCCGGGGCGUACACGCUGCAAGGGUCGGUGCGCAAGGUCAACGAGGACCGCAUCGACGUGCGUUCGGGCCAGGACAACCCCGGGGAGAUCGCGUUUUGGUCGAGCGUGUACGACGGUCACGGCGGGUACGCGACGGCGGACUGGCUCGAGAAGCGGCUGAAGGCGCAGGUCGACGAGAUCUGGCGCGGAGGGCCUUUUGCGCAGUCGUGCAUCGAGGAGGCUUUCCGCAAGGCCGACGCGACGCUGCUGCAAAGCAAGAGGGGGUUCAUGGGCAUCGCCGGGGAGCGCGGCGUGGGCGGUUCGAAGUGCGGCGCGACGCAGACGACGGCGAUGAUUUAUACGGACAAGAAGGACGGGAAGGUGAAGCUCCUGACGGCCAACGUCGGCGACGGGCGCGUCCUUUUGAUCUCGGGCAACAAGUACACGGAACUCUUCCAGGAGCACGUGCCGGACGACGAGGACGAGCGGGAACGCAUCGAGCGGAUGAACCCGAACCCGAAAAUGCCGCUCGUCCGGUAUACUGCGGGCACGUGGCGCGUCGGCGGGCUCCUCGCGCUCUCGCGCGCGUUCGGCGACGCGUACCUGAAGUCGUCCCUGCAGUUCGAGGGCGUCCCGCUCGGAUCCGACGGGUACAGUUCCGGCUUCGGCGUCACGGCGGAGCCGUUCGUGACAAUUACGGAGCUCACCUCGGAGCACACGUGGGUUCUCGUGGCCAGCGACGGGCUGUUCAACGAGGUCCAGCGCGGGGGGGGAGGCGGCCUCUCGAACGAGGACGUCACGGAGAUUCUGUACGAGGCGGGCGACGCGCCGGCGGACGCAAUUGCGGAGACGCUGUGCGAGACGGCGCAGGAGGUGGGGAGCACGGACGACAUCACUGUCACGCUGAUCAAACUGGACACGACCAAGCUGCCGGCGCCGGCGCCCGCGGAGGAGCCGGAGCCCGAGGCGGCGUCGUCGGAGUAG